AUGCCGCCAGCGUGUAAGAGCCCUGCUGCCUCGGCGGACUACUCCCGUAUCGCUCUGGAAUGCUGCCAUCUGGACACUCGCUGGGGCCGCAGCCUCAUCCGGAGGCUCGAGUGGGAGGCACACAGUGCAGGUCUCUGGCACUGUCUGCGGAUGGCCACGGUUCCCCAGCACGGCCACGGCUUCUCUAAGGCCAGUCUGCUGAGAGGAAACCCUGUGGAGUACGACGUCAUCAUGAGGCCAGCUGCUGAGAUCCGGGUGGCCGAGAGGCUGUGUCCGCAGGCUUUCAUGGCCCUGGUGCGGAGGGAGCAGGAGGCAGGAGGAGCGGCAGCGGCCCGGCUGCAGGAGGAGGCCCUCGACAGUGACUCCAGGCGGUCCUGUGGGAGCCAGGACCUCAGCGGGAACACGGUGCUGUCGGAGGUGGCAGCCGGCAGCCAGGCCCACGCCAUCCAGCUGCUGGCCAAGCAGGGCGCCAGCCCCAACAGCAAGGGCGCCUUCGGCCGGACCCCACUGUACCGAGCAGCCUUCGGGGGGCACCUGGAGGCCGUGGAGGUGCUGAAGCUUGGAGCCGACCCCUGGGUGUGUGCAGAUGACGGUAGCACCCCGGAGCAGGUGGCCUCCCUGGAUGCCGUGGUCAGUGUGCUGUAGUCAUGGGACCUGGGCCUCACCGACGCCAUGCUCCGGAGCAUGGAGGCCGAGCAGCAGCAGGAGGCAGAGGCCAAGCGGUGCGGCAGCUUGAACCUCAAGGUGCAACAGCUAGCUAAGGCACAGCAGCAGCGACAGACCCAGCUGCAGCAGGCCUACUGUGAGCUCAACCGGAGGAUCACGGAGCAGGACGAGUGUGAAGGGCGGUGUGCCAGCCAGGCUGAGCUCACCCUGCAGGCCAUCAAGGACGCAGAGGCCCAGGUGGACAAGCUAUGGCUGGAGGCCCAGAGAGCUGAGGAGACGCUGGCCAUGGCCAGGCUGGAGCUGCGGGAGCAGACCCAGGAGGAAGAGGAGGAGAUGCCCAGGCUGAAAUGCCAGGUCUCUGAGCUGCAUGACAUUCUGAUGAAGGACGUGGGUGACCGCAUCCACGCUGAUGGCCGGUGGCCCCUUGUCAUCGACCCUUCGGGCCAGGCAGCCGUCUUCCUGCGCUACCAGGACACCAACUACGUGGACGUGGUGAACCCCGCCCACCUGCAGCCCGAGAGGAUCUGGCUGGCGCUGCUGGGGGCGCUCAGGUACAGGAAGCCGCUGGUGUUCGACCUGCACGAGCUGGACCUGUUCCCCGUGCUGCGGCAGCAGCUGGAGGCCACGCAGCCGGGCCUGGUGCAGGAGCUGUGAAGCCGGGGGCUCCUGGAGCGGGAGCGCUACCUGUUGCUGCUGCGGCCCGCGGACGAGCCCGAGUACAGCCCCACGCAGUUCUGGGCGGCGCGCCUGGGGCACUUCCGCGUCUUCUUCAUCACCAAGGCCCGAUGGCCGCCUGCUGAGCAGCUGCAGGUGCUGCUCCCUGUGAGGAUGCUGCUCCCCGGGGGGGUGGUCCUCUAG